CGGUCCGAUCCGGGAUAAUUGUCCGAAAUCUCCCGCUUCCCUUUGGUCGUAAUGGCGUCUUUUCCGAACUUGCAGGGGAAGACACGGAACUCCGUCUGAUCCUCGUCGGGAAAUCCGGCGGUGGGAAAAGCGCCACGGGCAACACCCUCCUCGGCCGGAAGGAGUUCGAGUCCCUCCUGGAAGCCAAGACGACCACCCUACGGUGCCGAAAAGGGGUAGGGACCUGGCUGGAGAGGAAGAUCGCGGUGAUCGACACGCCGGGCCUUUUUGACAGCGAAGUCUACGAUGAGAUUGUGCGACGGGAGAUCAUGGCUUGCGUUGAGCUUUCCCGGCCCGGCCCCCACGCCUUGAUUUUGGUGACCCAAGUGGGACGCUUCACCGCCGAAGACGCUGUUGCCGCCAGGUGCGUCCGGGAUAUCUUCGGCGACGAGUCCACCAAGCACACGAUCGUCGUCUUCACCUGCGUGGAGGAUUUGGCCGGCGCCCCGCUGCAGGAGUACAUCCAAAAAUCUGACAACAGGAAUCUGCGGGAAGUGAUCCAGCGGUGCGGGAACCGCGCCUGCGGGUUCAACAACAGGGCCAAGGGAGCCGAGGGAGAGAGUCAAGCCGCCGAGCUGAUGGGGAUGGUGCAGAGCACCGUGGCGGCGAACGGGGGCAGAUACUACACCAAUCGGCUGUACCGAAUGUCCAACAUCUGGGACGGGAAUGUCCAAGAGUUCCUGAUGGCGAACAAAGCGGUCCGAGAACGGGAGGCCCGGAGAGCCUGUAGCCGUGUCGACAUCGUGAUCGUGGUCUUGUCGAUUCUCGUGCUGGUGGCCAUUGUGGUCCUGAUUGUUCUCUUGGUCCGCUUUUCGUGAGGGAGGGGGGGAACUUCCCCUGCUCACCUCUGUGACCGUCGGGUUUUCGGACGCCGACGGACACAGACAUCGAAGGAUAGUUAGACGUCCGAAACGAGAGCGGCGCCCAGCCAGCCUUUCCACCCAGGACCUGUAUAUUCCAUGGGUC